AGCAUUGUGCUCACUCAGCCGACUACACCAGCCUCAAGCAUAACCCCCCCUCCCACACCCAAACCGCGAUCCCGUUUCCGCCGCUUCAUCGGCUUCACCUCGAUCGCCGUCCUCGCCUUCUCCGCCGGCCUAGCCUACCAGACGCAAAAGACCGUCUCGCGCAUGAUGACAGUCGCCGUCGUCCCCACCGACGAAGACACCCUCAACGGGUUCCACCCGGUCGACGACUUCACCCAGCAAGUCGACGAGCACAUCCGCACCCACCCACUAGCAGAGUCAUUGCGGAAGAACCCCGCCUUCAAGGAAUCGCGUCCACACCUGAAGAUCCCGGAGGAACUGCGCGCACGCAGUCUCACGGCAGGCACGCUCGCACGACCCGACGGCAUCACCGUCCCGCCUUACAUCUUCUGCGAGGCGGGUGGCAAGAGCCUCGUUUCCAUCUUCUACCUGGGGUCCAGUGUUUCAGGACACCCCGGUAUCGUGCACGGCGGCCUGCUGGCCACGCUGCUGGAUGAGGGCCUCGCCCGUUGCUGUUUCCCGGCCUUGCCGAACCAGGUCGGCGUCACGGCGAACCUGAAUAUCGAUUACCGCCGGCCUGCGAUGGCGGGUACCUACCACGUUCUGCGGGCAGAGACGGUGAGGGUUGAGGGCCGCAAGGCUUGGGUGGAGGGUCGGAUUGAGACGCUGCCUGAGGAGGGGCAGGAGCCGAUCGUUUUGGCGGAGGCGAAGGCUCUGUUUGUGGAGCCUAAGCAAGCUGCGGCUAUGGCCGCUCUCUCCAAGAUGGCCAAUUGAUUAUGUGAAUAGAUGAGCUGCAUGGGGUCUCAUGAUGGAGACCGAUAUACAUGUUCGUCGUUGGAUUAGACUUGACGAUAGACAUGGUUGUAUAGGUCUACGGUCUAUAUUUUGAAGAUACGAUCUUUUUAUUAUCUGUACAUACUUGUUAGAGAUGCAUCAUAUUAUACAU